CUUAAUGGGUAUAUAAUGGGUGCUGAGUUGUACUCUGAGCGGCUGUUCCUGAAAGCAGUAGCAAGGGCAUACGGAGACAUGGCUCCAAGACUGCUCCUCCUCCUCUUGGUCUUUCUCUGUCAAAAGGAGGGAACCUUUGCGGUUCAGCUCACUGGUGAAGAGCUGGUUUCAGCUGAAAUACAGAAAGACAGGGAGUACUUGGAAGCAGGUGUUGACCGACUUGGAGGAACUUCAACCACGGAACAACAUGCAUCUUUCACAUCGACAAAACCGACAUCAGUCAGACUCGGCCAACUCUACAGAGAGAAGCUAUUUUCAAGAACAUCAAAUGUUGAUGAUAGCAGUUGUCCCAGCUCUGUGGAGUGUAACGCCAAUGACAAGUUCCGGUCAGCGGACGGUAGUUGUAACAACCUUGCAAACCCCGACUGGGGAGAGAGCUUCAUCCCAAUGAGGAGGUUCCUUCCGCCUCAGUAUGACGAUUCAAUCAAUCUUUAUUUCACCUGA